GUGCCCUUCCCCCCGGGUUCUGGCCGGCAUGCUCAGCGAUUGUCCUUCUUGUUGCAGAGUGAUCCGUACCACGGCCUAUCUCCUCUACUGCCUGCACAUGAAUGCCUGCUUGUAUUACUGGGCCUCGGACUACGAGGGGCUGCGCUCCACCAAGUGGGUGUAUGAUGGCGAGGGGAACAGCUACAUUCGCUGCUAUUACUGGGCUGUGAAGACCCUCAUCACCAUCGGGGGGCUCCCCGACCCACAGACUCUUUUCGAGCUUUGGUUCCAGCUACUGAACUAUUUCAUGGGAGUGUUCGCCUUCUCCGUCAUGAUUGGUCAGAUGAGGGAUGUGGUUGGAGCGGCCACAGCGGGGCAGACAUAUUACCGGAGCUGCAUGGACAGCACCAUCAAAUACAUGAACUGCUACAAGAUCCCGCGCAGCGUGCAGACCCGCGUGAAGAUGUGGUACGAGUACACCUGGCAGUCACAAGGCAUGCUGGAUGAAUCGGAGCUGAUGGUGCAACUUCCAGACAAGAUGCGGCUGGACUUGGCUAUCGAUGUGAACUACAGUAUCAUCAGCAACGUGGUUCUCUUCCAGGUAUGUGGCCUCUGA